AUGGUACUUUCACCUCUAAUCUUCGCGCUUGCUGGAGCAUUUGUUUCCUAUGUUCUCUACACGCAGGUUAUGCUCUACCUUGCCCGGCGGCAGUUCAAGAAGGACAAUGGAUGUCAGCCAUGUACAAAAGUGUUCAACAAGGACCCUAUCUUGGGCAUCGAUGUGAUGCGCGUCAUGGGUACCAACAGCAAGAAACACAUUACGUUGGACGAGAACAAGAAACGUUUCGAGCGCAUGGGCAACACUUAUCACACCAGAAUGGCCGUUACCCCCGCCAUCGCUACCUGUGAGCCGGAGAACGUAAAGACUAUCUUGAGCUUGAAGUUCAAGGAUUAUAGUUUGGGCAACAGGACUCAGUCAUUCACACCGUUGUUGGGUCACGGCAUUUUCAAUGCUGAUGGUGAACGCUGGUCUAACAGCCGUCAUUUGCUGCGACCCAACUUUGCCAGGGAUCAGGUCGCAGACCUUGAGGCUUUUGAACGCCAUUUCAAACUCAUGCUCAAGCACAUUCCCAAGGACGGUUCGACAGUUGAUCUGCAAGUGCUGUUCUUCUGUCUUACCAUUGACACCGCUACUGAGUUUCUCUUCAACCACUCAACGAACACGCUGCGCAUGGUUGGCCAACAAGACGACGACAACGAGGAUGCUGUCUUCGGUAGAAUGUUCAACUACGCGCAGGAUGAUAUUGUCACAAGACUUCGCAUGGGACCUCUCAACCGCUUCAGGAACAAUGCAAAGGGCGAAGAAGCGAUCCACAUUUGUCACGCAUACAUCGAUAAAUUCGUCGACGAUGCCAUCGCAUUCAAACAACAGCAGGACGAGGAGAAGAAGGCGGUAUCGCAGAAGGAUGAGCGAUACAUCUUCAUCCACCAGCUGGCAAAACAGACAACAGACAGGAAGAGAUUGAGAGAUGAGCUUGUCAACAUUCUGCUAGCUGGCCGCGAUACAACGGCUAGUCUGCUGAGCAACAUGUUUUUUGAAAUCGCGAAACGCCCUGACAUCUUCGCAAAGUUGCGAGACGAAGUCGCGUUCUUGGAGGGACGAGCACCGACAUACGAGGAGCUGAAGAACUUCAAAUACCUGAAAUGGUGCCUGAACGAAUCUCUCCGCAUCCACCCUGUUGUUCCUGGAAACUCACGUUCCGCUAUCCGUGAUACUGUCCUCCCCCUCGGCGGCGGACCAGACGGUCAGCACCCACUAUUCGUGCCCAAAGGCACCACGGUUGGCUACUCACCAUACGCCAUGCACCGCCGCAAAGACCUCUACGGCCCCGAUGCCGACAAAUAUAAGCCCGAGCGUUGGGCAACUCUUCGUCCUGGGUGGGAGUACUUGCCCUUCAACGGUGGGCCAAGAAUCUGUCUUGGACAGCAGUACGCUCUUACCGAGGCCGGCUACGUGACUGUAAGACUGGUGCAAGAAUUUGCGAAGAUGGAAAGUAGAGAUGCUGGGCCAUGGGAAGAGUGUUUGACAUUGACUUGCUGUUCCAGGAACGGCACCAAGGUUGGGUUUACGCCUGCUUGA